CGAGGUCCCCCAGCGCCCUCUACAGCCGCGCCUGGGGGGACACAGUGCCCAGCCCUGCGCCUCAGCACCUCGCCCGGGACCCCACCCAGCGGCCCGCUCCCCGGCCGGCGCGAGCACCCGCAUCUCCAGGCCGCAGAAACGGGGCGUGGGGCCCGGCGGGCGCGCUGCAUCCCAGGCCGCCCCUUAAUCGCUCCGCCCGCGGUGGGUCGACUUCCCCUCCCUCCCUCUGUCCCUCCCUCCUUCCCUCUCGCCCGUUGGCGCCCGACCCGCUGCGUCUCUUCUCUCGGGGCGCUCUUCCCUUCGGCGGACCGUCGCAUCCUACACAGCUUUGUGGCAGUGUUGGUCUGGUGUUGAAUGUUUCCCUCCGAGAGCGCAUGGCUGGGGAAGCGAGGCGCCGGGCCAGCUCCGGAGCGGCUGCCGUCCGGGAGGCGGUGAUGCUGCUGCUGUGCCUGGGGGUCCGGACCGGGCGCCCCUACAACGUGGACACGGAGAGCGCGCUGCUCUACAGCGGCCCGCCUAAAACCCUGUUCGGCUACUCAGUCGUACUGCACAGCCACGGGGCGAAUCGCUGGCUCGUAGUGGGGGCGCCCACCGCCAACUGGCUCGCCAACGCCUCGGUGGUCAAUCCCGGGGCGAUUUACAGAUGCAGGAUCGGAAAGAACCCGGGCAGGACGUGCGAACAGCUCCAGCUGGGAAGCCCUAAUGGAGAGCCUUGUGGAAAGACCUGUGUGGAAGAGAGAGACAAUCAGUGGUUGGGAGUCACACUUUCCAGACAGCCACGAGAAAAUGGAUCUAUUGUGACUUGUGGGCAUAGAUGGAAAAAUAUAUUCUACAUAAAAAAUGAAAAUAAGCUCCCCACCGGUGUUUGCUAUGGAAUGCCCUCUGAUUUACGAACAGAACUGAGUAAGAGAAUAGCUCCAUGUUAUCAAGAUUAUGUGAGAAAGUUUGGAGAAAAUUUUGCAUCAUGUCAAGUUGGAAUAUCUAGUUUUUAUACAGAGGAUUUAAUUGUGAUGGGAGCCCCAGGAUCUUCUUAUUGGACUGGCUCUCUUUUUGUCUACAAUAUCACUACAAAUAAAUACAAGGCUUUUUUAGACAGACACAACCAAGUAAAAUUUGGAAGUUAUUUAGGCUACUCUGUUGGGGCUGGUCAUUUCCGGAGUUGGCAUACUACAGAAGUAGUUGGAGGAGCCCCUCAACAUGAACAGAUUGGUAAAGCAUACAUAUUCACCAUUGAUGAAAAAGAACUAAAUAUCUUAUAUGAAAUGAAAGGUAAAAAGCUUGGCUCAUAUUUUGGAGCUUCCGUCUGUGCUGUGGACCUCAAUGCAGAUGGCCUGUCGGAUUUACUCGUGGGAGCACCCAUGCAGAGCACCAUCCGGGAGGAGGGAAGGGUGUUCGUGUACAUCAAUUCUGGCUCGGAAGCAGUAAUGAAUGAAAUGGAAACAGAGCUCAUUGGAAGUGACAAAUAUGCUGCAAGAUUUGGGGAAUCUAUUGUAAAUCUUGGUGACAUUGACAAUGAUGGCUUUGAAGAUGUUGCUAUUGGAGCUCCACAAGAAGAUGACUUGCGAGGCGCUAUUUACAUUUACAAUGGCCGAGUUGAUGGGAUCUCUCCGACCUUCUCACAGAGAAUUGAAGGGCUUCAAAUCAGUGAAUCAUUAAGUAUGUUUGGACAGUCUAUAUCUGGACAAAUUGAUGCAGAUAAUAAUGGAUAUGUAGAUGUAGCAGUUGGUGCUUUUCGGUCUAAUUCUGCUGUGUUGCUAAGGACAAGACCUGUAGUGAUUGUUGAAGCUUCUUUAAACCACCCUGAGUCAGUAAAUAGAACAAAAUUUGACUGUAUUGAAAAUGGAUCACCCUCUGUUUGCAUGGAUCUAAAACUCUGUUUUUCAUAUAAAGGCAAAGAGGUUCCAGGUUAUAUUGUUUUGUUCUAUAACAUGAGUCUGGAUGUGAACAGAAAGGCAGAGACUCCAUCAAGAUUUUACUUUUCAUCUAAUGGAACUUCUGACGUGAUUAUGGGAAGCAUAGAAGUUUCAAGCGGAGCAAAAAACUGUAGAACACAUCAAGCGUUUAUGCGGAAAGAUGUGAGGGACAUCCUCACUCCAAUUCAGAUUGAAGCUGCUUACCACCUUGGGCAUCAUGUCAUCAGUAAACAAAGUACAGAGGAAUUCCCACCACUUCAGCCAAUUCUUCAGCAGAAGAAGGAAAAAGACGUGAUUAAAAAAUUGAUAAACUUUGCAAGGUUUUGUUCUCAUGAAAAUUGUUCUGCUGAUUUACAUGUUUCUGCAAAGAUUGGAUUUUUGAAGCCACAUGAAAAUAAAACCUAUCUUGCUGUUGGAAGUAUGAAGACUUUAAUGUUGAAUGUGUCCUUGUUUAAUGCUGGAGAUGAUGCAUAUGGAACGACUCUUCAUGUCAAAGUACCCACAGGUCUUUACUUCGUUAAGAUUUUAGAUUUGGAAGAUAAACAAAUAAACUGUGAAGUAACAGACAACUAUGGAAUCGUAAAACUUGACUGCACUGUAGGUUACAUAUAUGUAGAUCAUCUAUCAAGGAUAAAUAUUAGCUUUCUCCUGGAUGCAAGCUCACUCAGCAGAGCAGAAGAGGACCUCAACAUCACUGUGCAUGCCACCUGUGAAAAUGAAGGUAAAAUGGACAAUCCAAGGCAUAACAAAGUGACUUUAGCAAUACCUCUAAAGUAUGAGGUUAUGCUAACUGUUCAUGGGUUUGUAAACCCAACUUCAUUUGUUUAUGGACCAAAUGAGGAAAAUGAACCUGAAACGUGCAUGGCAGAGAAAAUUAACUUCACUUUCCAUGUUAUGAACACUGGCCAUAGCAUGGCUCCAAAUGUUAAUGUGGAAAUAAUGAUACCAAAUUCUUUUACACCCAAAACUGAUAAGCUGUUCAACAUUUUGGAUGUCCAGACUACUGCUGGGGAAUGCUAUUUUGAAAAUUAUCAGAGAGACUGUGCAUCACAGCAGCAGAAGGGAACAAUGGAGACCCUGAAAGACAUAUUCAUGUUUUUGUCAAAGACUGAUAAGAGACUACUGUAUUGCAUAAACGCUGAUCCACACUGUUUAAAUUUCUUAUGCAAUUUUGGAAAAAUGGAAAGUGGAAAAGAAGCCAGUGUUCAUAUUCAGCUGGAAGGCCGGCCAACUGUCUUAGAGGUGGAUGAGACUUCAGCACUCAAGUUUGAAAUAAGAACAACAGCAUCUCCAGAGCAAAAUCCAAAAGUUAUUGAAUUAAACAAGCAUGAGAAUGUUGCAUAUGUUCUACUAGAAGGACUACAUCAUCAAAGACCCAAACGUCACUUCACUAUAUUGAUUAUUUCAAGUAGCUUGCUACUUGGACUUAUUGUACUUUUAUUGAUUUCGUAUGUCAUGUGGAAGGCUGGCUUCUUUAAAAGGCAAUACAAAUCUAUCUUGCAAGAAGAAAACAGACGAGAUAGUUGGAGUUACGUGACCAGUAAAAGCAACAAUAAUGAUUAAAGACUUCUUUCAAAUUGAGAGAGAACUAAUAGGAGACUCAGGUUCUACCAAGAAAACUUGAAAUUUGCUCAACUCCUUCCAUAUACUUCUUUUAUUCUUGACCUUGUGACAUAUUAAUGCAAGUGAAAACUCCAAGCAAUGAUUGGUCUUUGAAAGCAAAUAACUGCAAAGGUAAUAUUAAAUGUAUCCAAAGACAAUCUUUCAUCUGAAACAGCCAUGUAUCUGAAAGUAAACAACUUCACUGGAGAAGUCUUGAAGUUGCCAUCUUUCCAAGACAUAUUAGUUACGAUAUGUAUUAUUUACAAUAUGUGCUCAUGUUGGUAAAAUAACACUGAAUGGACAAGAAUUGCUUUCAAAUACAUCUCUGAGACUUGUUUAGAAUAUGUUCUUUAAAAACCUUUAUUUGUAAAAUUUCUUUUGCUUCAACAACCAUUAUUUGGUAGGCUGUGAGUAUUAUGGACUUGAUAAGCUCAAACCAGCAUACAAGUUAGGGCUGAACAGAAGACUUCUGGAUAAUUGUUUAUCUAUGGCUAUGGAUUCUCUCCUCUUCCUGUACAUAUGUUUUUAAAAGAAUGUGUGUUUAUAAAAAGAAUGUGUGUUUAUAUAGUCCUCCUAUAACAAUUUUAUCAAAGCUACUAAGGAGUAAAUUCAGAGAAGCCAUAUAUACUCAAAUUUUUGUUUAAAAAAAACAACAGUACUUAAGUAUUCUAAUUUAUAUUUUCAAACAGCAGAUUAUGAAUGUUGCACUUUAGCUAAUAUUUGAACUAGAAAUACACCGAUGCAUGUAGUGGAAUAUGGAAAACUGUACCUCACUAAUGAUUUAAAAAAAAUCAAAGCUAUGUAAUUCAUAAAGUUAUAUACUGCAUAUAAUACUAAUUAUCCUCAAAUUAAGCAAAUAUGCAAGUAUUUGGAUGAUAACCUUUCCUCUUCAACUAUGUAUUCAUCAGGUGUAUAAAAAUAGUUUUAAAUGGGGACACAAAAUUCAUAAAUUUAACUAUAGCUACAGAAUACUGAUUUGGCUUGUAUACAAUGAAAUAUAAAUGUGACAUCAAUUUCCACACAAUGUUUGUGAUAGUGAAAUAUUUUUUAAAAUGUUUUGUUGAUAUUGUUAUAUUCUAUUUUAUAAUGAACUGGCUUCUUUCUGGAUUUUAAAUAAUUUAAAUGCAUUUUUAUUUGCAAAUACAAUCAUUUGUCAUAUUUAUUUCAUGAAUAUGAACUAAAAGUUGAUAACUAUAGAAUAUAAUUUCCUCUGGAUUGUCCUACAUCUAUUUUUGUUUAAUAAAGCUGUGGCAACAUUUGUACUGUGAUGAUAGAACAGAUUCAACUGCCAACAACUGUCCCCGUUCCUCAGACUUCCUAAUUCAUGUGAGUUACCCAUUCAGAAGCCUUUGAUCCAUGAUUGGGGAUGGAGAGUGAAAAAUGCACAGCGUUGCAGAAUCAAUCAAGCAGUGAAACCUAAUCACAAUGAACAUGAAGGCUCCUGAACAUACAAUGUUCAAGGUACUAUUUAGCAACACCUAUAAUGAAUUUUAUUUUGAUAGAAUUCUUCUUUUGAGCAAAAAAAAUCUAUUUUUAUGCUUAUUAUUAAAGCCAAGUAGUUCCUUCAGGAUGAGGUCUGGAAACGAUAAAAAAAAAUCAAGCCCAAAUUUAGAAUUUCCAUCUCAAGGCUGAUCACUGAAGAAAUUUAAAGUCGGUUCUUUUCCACUCAGAAAUGACAGUGCUUCAGGUAUUGAGUACCCUGAAAACAAAGUGCUAUGAAUACCCUGUGCCUUCCUCUCUGGUGUAGAAGGAAUACUGCUACCUAUUGGGCCAGGUUCUUUUCAAAUAUAGCUUUUACUUACUUUGUUACAGAUUUUAAGAGUAAACAAAACCACUGUUGAAGACAAAAACUCAAUUGUGUUUUCAAUUUUCAUAGAAUAUUUACAAAAUCAUACCAUAAUCACGUUUCUUUAUAUCACUCAACAGCUAUGCGAUCUUAAAUUUUAUCUUUCUGGAUUAGUUACCUCAUCAAUAAAAUCAGAGCAUUCUCAUGGAGCUGUGGUCUCUUCAUACCAAUUUAUAACAAAUUUAACACCAGAAUUGAUGGCUUAAAGCCUGAAAAAUGAAACAGAUCAAAUUGUUUCACUUUGGCAUUAGCUAGGUUAAAUAUUAUCAUCAAGAUGCUUAAGUUUUAAGAAUGUGAAAUGUUUAUUUUCAGUUCCAAUAUAUACUUUCUAAAGGCCAAAAUUUGAAUUGUUUUGGUAUAUUUUACAUUUUUCACCUUGAGUUUUUAAGCCCUAGAAGUUAAUUUUUAGUAAUAUAAAAAAUAGCAAUUUUCAGUUCUUUUAAAAAAUAAGAUAUUUCUACUAGGAUAUCUGUUUACCGUGACCAUGUUCUUUCAUAUUAAAAUUCUCAUUUGCACAUUUAUAGACAAUUACAUGUUGCCUUAGAAUCAUUCAUUUCUUCCAUGCUUCCUCCAUAAAGACUGAUAAGUCUUGGAUGCAAUCUGUGAAGAUAAUAUGUAUAUUUUAUUUUAUCAUUCCAUCAUUCUAUUUUUCACACAUUGUAUGCAUACAUAUUUAUACCUAAUACUGAGUAAGGGAUAUAAUGCCAAAUACAAAUUUAGUGAUAACCAACCAGCCUAUCAAUCAUUCAUGGGAAAGCUGAAAUCUGGAAAAACUGAGGGGGCUUGAAAUAUCACUAAUAAUUACCCUAAAGCCUCAUUAACUGAUGCUGAUCAUUGCCGCUGUACAACGCUGUCACCAGUGCCUACAGAAUAUUCACAUAGUUACCUGGAUAUAUUAUUACUACUUAUUUAGUGACAAUGCUUACCAAGAAUGAGUUUUUAUAUUCCUGUUUAUGUAAGUUAUUCUUGUCAAUUAAUACAUAAAAUUGUUCCUAAAUAAUCUAGGCUGAUUGCUUUGAAAAGACUUGAAAGCAAGCUGCUGAACUCAAAAUGUUGUAUUAUCAGUUAAGGGUGAGAGAAAACUGGAAAGGAUUUGAGGAUUAAAUUGUAGCAUCUAGAUGGAUUCAGCACUCACUCAGAUGGCUUCAUCAAGGUUUUAAGAAGUUUAUUGAUUUCAAAAAAUUCAAAAUGGGAAAUUGUAGACAUGUAUUAUUUGUAUAUUUUAUGAAGAACAAUAAUUCAGAAUGCCAACAGAGAUGGAUAACCAAAGAAAAAGGCUUUGUUGUAGAUGACAAUUAAUGAACAAAUGUAGUUAUGCCUUUUUUUAAUAUACUGAAGGUUGUGCAUGCAUCUUCUUAUGCUUCCCUGAUUUUCUGACUUUUAAAAAAAAAUUGUUGGACUUCCGGGAAGAUGGCAGAGUAAGGGAGGCAGAACAGGCUUCUCCUCCUCCAAGAAUGCAACUAGAAAGGGGCCGGAGAACACCAGGACCACAGUUCUAGGGUGUGACUGGCCAUAGAACAUCCCCACAGUACAUGAAGGGGACAUGGUGGCUGGAGGGACUGGUGUGUGUUCCCUGUUUGGAUCACUGUCCCCCCCUCCGGCCCCCUGCCCCAGACCAGCAGCUGCAAAACCACUGCCGGGCAAGGGAGUGAGCAGCAGCUCUCCACUCCCAACCACCUAUCUUGAGAGUUUGCUGGGGAGGGGGGGUAAUCCCUCCACAGCCAGGCAGCAGGGAGCUCUGGGAGGGAACCCGAUUGGCAGUGACUGCUCUCCCCACACAGAAGUCCAGGGGGGUGCAGUGGGGAGGAGCAGGGACAGGAGAGGUGCCGUACUGGCAAUUGGGAGCCCCUCCCACACCCAAGAGACUUGUGGGUGCAAGGCAGGCAGAGAACUGGCAGGCAGGACCCAUACCCCACCUGUGUGGUACCCUUGAUCAGGCUCCCUGCCUACCUGCUCAGGGCCCAUGUUGCAGCCCCAGGAACGGGAUUUCCCAGUGCACAUGGAGAAGGGUGCACUGACUGGCUCACCACCCAGUUUGAACUCCACCCACUGCACAGAAGAAGUUGGGGAAGACUUACUUGAGGGCACCACCUGCUGGUAGAUAGGGAAACUGCACUCCAACAAACCAAAUUAUAUAUAAAGGCUCAAUUAAUUCUGCACUUCCCAAAAUAACCCUAUCAAGACA